AUGGCGACUGCUGAUCUGAGAGAGGAGCUAACCUGCCCCAUCUGCCUGAGCAUUUAUACAGAUCCUGUAAAUCUCAGCUGUGGCCAUAACUUCUGCCUGGGCUGUAUUGAGAGUUUGCUGGGUACCCAGGAGGGGUCUGGGCUUUAUACCUGUCCUGAGUGCAGAGAAACCUUUACUAAGAAACCUAAACUGCAUAGGAACAUAGCGCUGUGUAAUGUAAUGAAGCAUUUACAGAUUACUCAGCCAGAGCAAAAUAGAACUGGGAUCUUCUGCACUUACUGUGUUCACUCUCCUGUACCUGCAGCUAAAUCAUGUCUGCAUUGUGAGGCUUCUCUGUGUGAUACCCACCUGAGGGUACACAGCAAGUCUGAGGAACACUUCUUAACUGAACCCACCACUUCCUGGGGUAAAAGAAAAUGCUCCAAACACAAGAAGCUCCUGGAAUAUUACUGCACUGAGGAUGAUGUCUGUAUCUGUGCGUCCUGCUCCCUGGCCGGAGAGCACAGGGGACACCAGGUGGAGCUGCUGAAUGAGGCUUCUAAAAAGAAGAAAGAGAAACUGAGAGAUGUUCUGCAGAAACUGACCACAAAGAGAAAGAAGACUGAGAAAAGAGUCCAGAGUCUGCAGGCGCACAGGAGAGGGGUGCAAAAGAAAGCAGCGGGUAUAACAGAUCGACUCACUGCCCUGAUUAGGGAAAUCAGGAAACAGCUGGAAGACCUAGAGAAGCGAGUCCUGAGUGAAAUCACCCGGCAGCGGAAGCAGGUUUUACUCACAAUCUCUGAUCUGAUCCAGCAGCUAAAAAAAGAGAAAGACAAGCUGACCAGGAAGAUGUGUCACAUUGAGGAGCUGUACAACAUGACUGACCCAUUAACUGUCCUACAAGAACAGGAAUCACAAAGAGAUAACUUUUGUGGUGAUGAGAAGGGAGAUAAUGAGGUCACACAGAGAGGUGAUAAACAGGUCCUUGCUGGGGGGCAUUUGGAUGAGGAUCUGAUUUCAGUGACCUUAUACAGAGGUUUAGCUGAUAUUGUGACUGAUGUAAAGAGAGAGAUCUAUGUGCAGGUGACAUCAGACAUAUUACUGGAUAUAAACACAGCUAAUAAUAAUAUUAUUGUAUCAGGUGACAUGAAAACUGUAUCCUGUACAGAUAUAAACCAGCAGCGUCCAGUAACACCAGAGAGAUUUACAACUUAUCCUCAGGUAUUAAGCACCAGGAGCUUUUCCUCAGGACGACAUUACUGGCAAGUGCAGACUAAUGAGUCAGGGGGCUGGUGUGUAGGUGUGUGUUAUACCAGUAUGGAGAGGGGAGGACAUCUGUCUUGGAUAGGAAAUAAUAACAAGUCCUGGUGUUUGAGGGGUUAUAAUAAGGAUUUUUACAUGAGACAUAACAAAAUAGUCAUCUCAUUACGCCCCUCUCUAUCAUGUGACACAGUAGGAAUACUGCUGAACUAUGAGGCUGGGCGUCUGACCUUUUAUGAGCUGUGUGACCCGAUCAGACACUUACACACAUUCACUGUCACCUUCACUGAGCCUCUUCAUGCUGCAUUCUGUGUAUGGGAUAAUGAUGACUGGGUUAGAAUCCUGCGCUAGAUACAUUGUUACAUAAUAAUAAUGCUGCAUUCUGUGUAUAUAAAGAUGGUGCCUAUGUGAGAAUCCUGCACUAGAUACACUGUCACAUAAUAAUAAUGCUGCGUUCUGUGUAUAUAAAGAUGGUGACUGGGUGAGAAUCCUGCACUAGAUACACUGUCACAUAAUAAUAAUGCUGCAUUCUGUGUAUAUAAAGAUGGUACCUGGGUGAGAAUCCUGCGCUAGAUACACUGUCACAUAAUAAUAAUGCUGCAUUCUGUGUAUAUAAAGAUGCUGCUUGUGUGAGAAUCCUGCACUAGAUACACUGUCACAUAAUAAUAAUGCUGCAUUCUGUGUAUAUAAAGAUGGUGCCUGGGUGAGAAUCCUGCACUAGAUACACUGUCACAUAAUAAUAAUGCUGCAUUCUGUUUAUAUAAAGGUGGUGCCUGGGUGAGAAUCCUGCACUAGAUACACUGUCACAUAAUAAUAAUGCUGCAUUCUGUGUAUAUAAAGAUGGUGCCUGGGUGAGAAUCCUGCACUAGAUACACUGUCACAUAAUAAUAAUGCUGCAUUCUGUUUAUAUAAAGGUGGUGCCUGGGUGAGAAUCCUGCACUAGAUACACUGUCACAUAAUAAUAAUGCUGCAUUCUGUGUAUAUAAAGAUGGUGCCUUUGUGAGAAUCCUGUGCUAGAUACACUGUCACAUAAUAAUGCUGCAUUCUGUGUAUAUGAAGAUGGUGCCUUUGUGAGAAUCCUGUGCUAGAUACACUGUCACAUAAUAAUAAUGCUGCAUUCUGUGUAUAUAAAGAUGGUGCCUGUGUGACAAUCCUGCACUAGAUACACUGUCACAUAAUAAUAAUGCUGCAUUCUGUGUAUAUAAAGAUGGUGCCUGUGUGAGAAUCCUGCGCUAGA